CAUAACCACAAUGCACCCAGCACCACGGACAGCAGUAAGCUACUGAGUAACAAUGAUGGGGAAUUAGCAUGUGUGUGAGCCCGCAGCAUCAUGUGGGUGUGGUGCAGAGAGCAGGCUACACUCCGGAGCAAGCACUGCAAGCAGAAGGAGCCAGGCAGGCAGAGGAGUCAGGCAGACAACAGACAGAGCACAAUGGCUUCAUCCCAAGGGAAGAGCGACCUGCAAUUCGCUGAGUGGAUGGCAAAUUUGCCAGAAAGGAUCCACAGGGUCCCACUUACAAGUUUAGCUAUCCCAGGGUCACAUGAUUCCUUCAGCUUCUACAUCGAUGAGGCAUCUCCAGUUGGACCUGAGCAGCCAGAAACUGUCCAGAACUUCGUCUCUGUGUUUGGUACAGUUGCCAAGAAGCUGAUGAGAAAGUGGCUGGCCACCCAGACCAUGAGCUUUACAAGCCAAAUGGAGGCUGGAAUCAGAUAUUUUGAUCUCCGGAUUUCAACAAAACCUAGAGACCCGGAUAAUGAGCUGUAUUUUGCUCAUGGUUUAUUUAGUGCUAAAGUCAAUGAAGGUCUUAAUGAGAUUAACGCCUAUCUGUCCAAUCACAGUAAAGAAGUGGUGUUCUUGGACUUCAACCAUUUUUAUGGUAUGCAAAAAUACCAUCACGAAAACCUGGUUCAAAUGCUUAAAGACAUAUUUGGGAACAAGACGUGCCCAGUUAUCUUUGCCCAGGAAGUAAGUCUCCAGUAUCUUUGGGAGAGGAAUUACCAGAUCUUGGUCUUCUAUCACAGCCCAGUGGCUCUCGAGGUUCCAUUCCUCUGGCCUGGGCAGAUGAUGCCCGCACCCUGGGCCAAUACAACAGACACAGAAAAAUUAAUUCAGUUUCUGCAUUCGUCAAUUACUGAACGGAGGAAGAAAGGUACAUUUUUUAUUUCUCAGGUGGUAUUAACACCAAAAGCUAGUACUGUGGUCAAAGGAGUUACGAGUGGACUGAGAGAAACCAUUACCGAACGAGCCCUCCCCUCCAUGAUGCAGUGGGUGAGGACACAGAAGCCGGGUGAGAGUGGAAUCAAUAUCGUUACGGCAGAUUUUGUAGAACUAGGAGACUUUAUCAGCACAGUCAUCAAGCUGAACUAUCUGUUGGAUGAGCAAGACUGCACUACUUGAUAAUGCAAGAAACCUUUCCGGAAACAUGAAAUGCUGCAGUGUAAUUGUCUUAGCAAUGUUUUAUCAUAAAAACACAGAACUCUUCCUAUCACAUUCUCAAUCUCCAAGAUGCUUGGGUCCUGUAACUAGAAGGCCAAUGAGGAUAGCUAAACACAUUUUAUUUCCUAUGUCAAAAAACAAAAUAAAAAAUAAAAAAAGUUUUCAAUUUAACACCUGAAUGUGGGAAAAUAUUAACAACAUCAAAGAAUGGAGGGCAACUUUUGUUUAUGUUGUUUGAUGAGAUUUUAUCUUUUAAACCAAAGCAUAUAGUAGUUACAAAGUCUGAGUUACAGUUUUUUGGACUUUAUUUAAAAACAAAAAUUAUGUUGAUGCAUGCAAUCGUUAAAUCUUUUGAUAACGUUUUAUAGAAAUUCAGUGGACCUGUUAAUGUUGAAAAAGUACUUUUUGUACGUUGGUUGCAGAAAUGUAAAUUGUAUUUUUGUUUCAUUUUAAAAUCUUCAUAUUACUAUUGACAAAAUCCACUGCUUUCUAAAGUAGGCCGCCAAUGAGUCUGUUGAAGGCUAACGGAUUUGUUAUAAUUAUGGCUAAAAGUUGAUUAUUCAGCUCAUUAAGAAUGAGCUGAUUUGUAACACGAUAAGGCAGGAUUUACAGUAAGCACGGUGUUGCCUAAGCUAAGACUCAUGGUGACCUUGUGUAAGCUAUUUAACUGUUGUUUCUAUCUAACCAUAUAUUUACCAUUUUAAACUAUUCUGUGAGCAAACCGUACUAGUGAAACAAUUUGUUUAUCUUUUUUUUUUUUGUUAAUAGAUGUGCAGUUCUUGUAGGAUUGCUUAAAUUAGCCCUUCAAUGCAAAAAAAUAAUUAUAUAUUUUUUUUAUCCAAAUAUUUUUUUUUCUUUUCUUAAUGCUGGAAAGAUUAACUAUAUUGUGGACCGGUGUAUUGAAAAAAAAAAACAUAGGCGUGCAAUAUACUAAGAAAUAUGACACCAGUUUUUGUCUUUAUUCUGUCUUAAGUCUGAGGAGAGCCUACCAUUAAUGUGAUACAUUUAGUUUUUGUGUAUGUCCCUUUAAGUGUAUGCUAGCGGUGUGUCCUUUAAAUUAACCCUAAUGGCCCAGCUACUAAAUGUUUUUUGUUUUUUAUUAUGUAACGGUUCCUUUUUGGAUGCCAUUUGUCUAUAAAGUGAUGUAUUUGUACCAUGCCAAACGUUUAGCCUGUCUUCUCUUGAUAACUAUUUCAGUGAUACUCUGAAUCACAAGUUGGAUGCUAUGCAGACGCUAGUUUUUGAUGUAAUUAAUCUAUUUAUGUUUUAGCAGUGGAGUUUAUUGAUUAAUUUGUUUUAUAUUGGUAAGACCCAACGAAGAUGUGACUGCUUGAGUAAGCAGACCUGGCAUUACUAAAGAAUAGCAGACCCAGAGCCUGAUUACACUCAAUGGGACACUCGGCAGGUGACUUAAUUUGCUUAAAAGAACAAAAACACUCAAAAAUAGGUUACAGUAAUCCAGGCCUGUAGGCAGUAGCUAGGUUGCUUAACAGCAUAUUUGCUAAUAUGUAAAAUGAAGGUGGAGGUGGCCAUUGUGGGAGGACAGACCUGGCAAAUCAGGACAUUUGGCCCGUCCCCUGCAGUGCAGUGAAUCACGCCAUCAUGUGCCGAUGUGAUGGCAUCUCGCCUGUCCCAUUCAUCCCAUUUCACUAGCAAGUUAGUGGGGUGCGUUAGGGGUGCCAAACUCAUAACAGAUGAUCUAGCUCUGAACACCACUUUAAUACCCUUUUCACAGCUUUGCUUCAACCUGGGUUAUUGCCGGGUUUACCCGGGUCGCGGCUUUGUGUGAAAGUGCCCCCCAAAAAACCUGGGCUGAGUGACCUGGGAAUCCAACCCAGAUAGGGACCUGGUGUGGACACAGCAACUGCCUGUGUAAAGGGACAGUGUGAUUGGUUCAACCAGGGUCAUCAGACAUGGGUCCCGUUUACAGUAUAGAAAAAGCCGGAUAUCCGGCACUUAGAGGUGAUGUCAUCUCCAAGUGCCAGCAGAAUAUUUAAUACUGCACCUGUGUGCAGUGUAAAUGGCGCCAAGCCGGGAAUAACACAGGUCAGAGCUUCAGUGUGAAAACGAGAUCUGACCCGGAUUGGAACCAUGUUCCAAAUCUCGGUUCGGAUCUGCGAUUUUGAUGUGAAAGGGGUAUAGGGUAGGUUAUGGAGGAUGAAACAUUGCAUUGUGUUGUGUUUGAGGAUUUCAGCAAACUUUAACAUGUUGCAACAGGCACUGUGUUACGCUGUUAUGUAAGCGUAGACAAGCCGUCAGCAGUUUGCAAAAUACACAUUAAUCCACUUAUCAACAAUACUUUAUUUAUGACUGGAGGCAAUUCUGUUCAGUGUAACCACUACAUAUAUAUGGGAAGUAGGUAGUUUGGCAAUCUUCAUAGUGCCAGCAGUCAAUACUGUAUGUCCAAAGCAUUAUAUCAGUGGGAUAAUUGUAAAGGUGAUGGCAUUAUUACUUUAAAAGUGAUGCUUUACAGUACAAUAGGGUUAUGUUUAAAGUUACAAUGCUUUAAAUAAUAUUACGACAGCAUGAAGAUUGAUAAUACAUAUGUAUCCCCUAUAUACAGAGGAGGAAGACAUUUUUUGGACCAUUCGAAAAUUACUAUUUAAAGUCAUCAGGAACUAGUGACAUCACAAAGUGCCUCAUGUUUCCCUGAUAUUCAUUUAUAGUGAUGAUAAUAGACUUUAUUAUCAUGAAGAUUAUUUUAUCCCAGACCUGCUUCCUCCAGUGGGGAAAUAAAUGUCUUGCGUGUUAUUCUCAUAUUCUGCUGCAUCUCUGUUAAAAGCAAAUUAUUACAUCACCACUCCACUCCUCCUACCCUUGUUCAUGAUGGGAACAAACUCCCAUUUGAUUUCAUGUGAUGUCACCCCUUCCCCUCCACCAAUCCCCAAAGUGCUUUUCUGCACAGCAAGUUUGAUCAACUGCCAUUCUCAGUUAGAGAAGCACCUUCAAUCUUCAGCACAAGGGCUGUGAACUUCUAGCACAACAGAAAAAUGGGGACUGCCAAAAGCCAGUUACCAAAUUUGUAUAAUGUGAACAUAGUCAAUGAAAUAUAUGUGAAACAAGUUAUUUCAAAAACCUUUCAUCAAACAUAAUUCAGCUCCAUCUGAGCAGUGUUCAAUGCGGAACUCUAUCCAAUACCCAGAGCAUUCUAGUGACUGAUAUACAACAUAAAAAAACAUUUUGACCUCUAUACAAAAAAAGAUACAGACAGCAUUCAAAUGGCCUUUACACAGUACAGAGUUAUUUCAUGUGACCAAUCUACAGUGCAGAAGCAUUCUAGUGACCAGUGUGCAAGUUAGAGUGCUCUAGUGAUGACUAUAAAAUGUGUAAUCUAAGUACAUACUGUAUAAUAAAGUGAGCAUAUUUGUAACUGAAAUACAAUACGGAGAAUACUCUAGUGGGAAAUACAAUACAUUAAACAUAAAAAAGUGGAAUUAAAUCCAAGGCACAAAACAACUAUGUAGCCACUUGUAUAAACUGAGGGGCACUAAAUCCUCAAAAACUCUACAUAUACCAAUCACAUACAAGUGUAAAGCCCUCAGUAGUGUUCCAGAAUGAUAAUAUAACACAACUGGUCCCAAUGUAAUAUCUGAAAUCUUCCACUAUAUAGUAUAUCAUAUGACAGUCUCUCUUCAAGUUCAACGGUGGUGACAAAAUUCCAAUUUUCACAUGUAGAAGAAAAAACAACAACAACAUAGUGUAACUGGUAUAUACAGCAUACACCCUAAACAUACACCAAAACAUAGAGUGACAGAGAGCCAACUAUACAGAUACACAACUAUAGACAAUAGACAAUUAUAUAGAUAGACAAUUCAAACAGUAUCCAUCAGUGUUGCUGUAACCGUGGGUUUCCUGAAGAACACUCUACACCUGCACAAAGUACUGUAGAAUGUUUUUAAAUAAACAUAUCACCCCUUUCCCUGUAGUUCAGUUUUGUGUUAAUAAAAUUAGUGUAUUCAUUUUUGUAGGUACUUUUCAAAAAGGUAAUAAUAACCUGAAAAUAUGACAACAGGAGCAUAAAAAAAUGUCAGUCAUUCCAACAGUGACCAUAAAUAAUAAUUAAUUAAUUAUUUAAUUAAUUCAUUCAUUCUUUCAUCCAUUCAUUCAUUCAUUCAUAGAAGUACAAUAAUCCCUAUUACCACUAUUAAUAUGUAAUGUUAUGCCUUGGGUAUGGUUUACAUUCCUAGAGCUCAGUAUUUGCAAUGCAAAAAAAACCUUUUACUUUUUAUAUUCCAAGGCUAACAAAUGUAAAGUAAAACAUUGUAAGUAGUUUAAAGAAACAUUUAAAAGAUUUUAAUUAGUUGUCAUUUAUUUUUCACAAUUAAUUUAGUUCAGUUUUAUAAAAUGAGUUCCUAAAUGAUUGAUGGUAGAAUGUACAAAAGAUUUAAACAUUUUACUCUUGUUUUCCUCCAAAUGGUCACAUAAUAUUAAGAUUUGUUUCUUAAGAGAAAGAAAGAUAAUGAGUAUUUGUUUUCCAAUUCACAUAUCUUAUAAUAAUAUUUUAGGAGGAAUUUUGCACCUAACCCAGUAAUUCUGUGCAAUUAAAUUUGUAUUAUUAUUAUUAAGUGAUUUUUUUUCUACAAUUGACAAUUCUAAUCAUUAUUAGAUCUGCAUAGUUACAAAUAUAAUGUCAUUUUUGUAUUUUCCAUCAUGAUAAGACCCAGUGGCCAGUACAAUUUAUGAUAACUUGCAUUUAGCAUCUGCCAAUUGUUAAGCACCACAACACAGGUGUCUACUAUUAUUUGAAUAAUAGUUAAUUAUAUAUUUACAGUGGGAUCUAUCACUGUUAAUUAUUUUUUACGAGUCUGUUAUACAUUAAAAGUUAGUUGUGCAUAAUAAAGGCAUACUUCCUUGUUUGAUCAUAAUUUUUUUUAUCAGUUUAGUCUUUCUCUUCCCCAUUGCCAAUGUCAAUUAAUGGAGAGCAGAGAUUAGAAAUUAUAUUUUUAAGCAUGUUCUAUUGUUUAUUGUUUAAGCAAUUUUCACAGACUAACCUUUUCAAUGUUGCAUUCUAUUGGUUGUACUUCCUACCAUUCAAGAGCUUUUUCUUUUAUACAAAGCUCUUCAGACUUAUUUUAAUCUAAUAAUAAUAACACCAUAUUCUUAAAUAUGAAUUAUAUAACACAAAGGAGUAGAAAAUGUUAGAUGGUCAAGAAAAUUAUUAUAAAAAGUCUGAAAAAAAUACUUGUAGAGUGAGUAAGAUUAAGAAUGCCAUAUCAAACCCUUAUUAUAUUUGAAAAAAGGCCCCAUUAGUAUUGUUAUGGAGGAGAUGCAUUAAAAAGAGAGACAACUCUGACAAUCAAAUGGAUAUGUAUAGAUAGUUAAUAAAAUGAAUUGUCCAAUUUGGUAUGAUCUUUCCCAGCGCUGUUUUGACACAUUUUAAAAAAAAUCUAAUUACGUUUUAGAAACAUUACAUAUGUAAAUAUAAAAUAAAAAGCAAAUAUUUUAUUAAUAUAAAACUUUACGGGAAUUAAAGUGACAUUGGUAAAAAAAUAUACAUUUUCUCACUGGUAAGUAAGGACAUAUUGAAAAUCUAAAAUAUGUCUGUAUUUCCAUAUCUGUGACAUCACAUUUUAUUUUAUAAAAUUAGUGCUAAAAAAUUAAGUUUUAGAAACAUUACAUAUGUAAAUAUAAAAUAAAAAGCAAAUAUUUUAUUAAUAUAAAACUUUACGGGAAUUAAAGUGACAUUGGUAAAAAAUAUAAAUUUUCUCACUGGUAAGUAAGGACAUAUUGAAAAUCUAAAAUAUGUCUGUAUUUCCAUAUCUGUGACAUCACAUUUUAUUUUAUAAAAUUAGUGCUAAAAAAUUACAUUACCUGACUAGAAGACUAACUUUUAACCAGUAUCAUAAUCCUCAAAAUAAAAACCAAAAACACAUAAUGUUGGAAUUGCAAAUAUGCAGUGAAAUUCUGUGAGUUUUACCCAUCAUUUGUAAAAAAUAAUUUAAUUAUCAUCAUAUUGACUAUGUCCACAUUCUAGUACUAAUAAAAAAAAUGACCUCCAGAAUAGGUUUCUGAAAUUUCUUCCAUACUUAAAUUCAUGGUUUUCAUAGUAUUUAUUUGAUUUUCUGUUCAGAAACUAUUAUUUGUAAUUCUAGUUU